AUGCGAACAACGUUAGAUCUGCUUAAGCCCUCGGAAUGCUCAGCUGCUCAACCUGAGAAGCCUCUGCCUAAACAAAGGCAAGAAGAACAAUACAACCGGAGACACGCAGUCAAAUCCAAGAGUUUUGAACCAGGAACGAAAGUUUACGUUCAAAUCCACACUUACAAUAAAUGGUCUUGGAUCCCCGAAGAAGUAGUCGAAAAAGUUGGAAAAGUUAUCUACAAUGUACUUGUUGAAACACGAAGUCAUUUGGUUCGAGCUCAUGCGAAUCAAAUCAAGUUGCGAGCUAUCACGGACAAUGAUGACUCAUCUCAACAGCAAGAACUACAACUACCACUAGAGAUAUUGGUCAACGCUUUCGAUGAUGGAGGAAAUUCCACUUCACCUCCAAUUCUAAAAGGCACUGGACAAGAACAGCUGCAACCUCAAGAAGCGACUGGAACGCAGGAUCCGGGAACACUAACACAAGAGUCCCAGGGUCUAGAUCAACAAACAGAACCUGUUCAGCAACCAGUGCUGAGACGCUCUCAACGCAACAGACGUCGUCCACGUAGGCUAGAAGAUUACUACUGUUACUCUUCCAGAUAG